CGCAGGAGUUCAGGACUCCUCAUCGUAAUAACGCGACUCCGUUCGGCAGCAAGUGGACCAGGAGAAGACACGCAAAACACAGGAGCGAUCAUCCACUUAGGACCGACACGGUUGCCUGCAGCCUGGUGGGUUGAUGUGCGCAACGAUGCAGGCGUCCCUGGUAGUGCUCAUGUGCGUCUUGGCCGCUGCCGCUGGCCAGGAGCCCGACCACAGCCACGGCUGUGCCCACGGCAGCUGUUACCCAGCAACGGGAGACCUGCUGGUCGGACGGGAGAAGAACCUGAAGGCAUCAUCUACAUGUGGCAUGAGGAAAAAAGAGCCCUACUGUAUUGUCAGCCAUCUGCAGGAUGAGAAAAAGUGCUUCUUCUGUGACUCCCGCCGCCCGUAUGACCCCGUCUACAACACCAUCAAUCACAGAAUAGAAAACGUCAUCACCACCUUCAAACCUCACCGCAAGAAGUCGUGGUGGCAGUCGGAGAAUGGCAAGUCGGACGUUUUUAUCCAGCUGGAUCUGGAGGCAGAGUUUCACUUCACUCAUCUCAUCAUGACCUUCAAGACAUUCCGCCCAGCAGCCAUGCUAAUCGAGCGAUCUGCAGAUUUUGGUCGUACCUGGCAGAUAUACCGCUACUUUGCAUAUGACUGCGCCUCUGACUUUCCUGGAGUCUCCGAGGGUCCCUUACGUCACGUCGACCAAGUCAUUUGUGAGUCGCGCUACUCAGACAUCGAGCCGUCCACAGAGGGAGAGGUCAUCUACAGAGUGUUAGAUCCAGCCAUCACGAUUGAGGAUCCAUACAGUCCAAAUAUCCAGAAUCAGCUGAAGAUCACCAACUUGAGGGUAAACUUCACCAAGCUUCACACACUGGGAGACAACCUGCUGGAUACCAGAGCUGAAAUUAAAGAAAAGUAUUAUUAUGCCAUAUAUGAGCUUGUCGUGCGUGGAAACUGCUUUUGCUAUGGCCACGCCUCAGAGUGCGCCCCCAUUGACGGCAUCAGGGAUGAUAUAGAGGGAAUGGUGCACGGCAGGUGUGUGUGUAACCACAACACCAAGGGGUUGAACUGCGAGCAGUGUGAUGACUUCUAUAAUGACCUGCCCUGGAGACCGGCUGAGGGACGCAACACCAAUGCCUGCAAGAAGUGUAACUGUAACAGCCAUUCCACUAAGUGUCACUUCGACAUGGCGGUGUAUCUGGCCACUGGUAACGGCAGUGGAGGAGUGUGUGACGACUGCCAGCACAACACAAUGGGACGCAACUGUGAGAUGUGUAAACCUUUCUACUACAAAGACCCCUUCAGGGACAUCAGGGACCCCGGGGUCUGUAUAGCCUGUGACUGUGACCCAGAUGGAUCUCAGAAUGGAGGGAUGUGUGACAGUCACACCGACCCUUCCCUCGGCAUGCUGGGAGGCCAGUGCCGGUGCAAGGCCAAUGUGGAGGGGCCUCGCUGUGACAAGUGCAAGACUGGCUUCUUUGGCCUGAGCGCUGAAAACCCUGAGGGCUGCCAACCUUGUCGGUGUGACCACAGAGGAACAGUCUCAGGUAACGCCCAGUGUGACCCGGUCAGCGGCGACUGCUUCUGCAAGCGUCUUGUCACUGGACGCAGCUGUGACCAGUGUCUGGCGGAACACUGGGCGCUGAGCCAUGACCUGAACGGCUGCAGAGGCUGCGAGUGUGAUAUUGGAGGAGCCUUAGACAACCACUGCUCCAUGGAGACUGGUCAGUGUCGCUGUCGCAGUCACAUGACCAGUCGUCAGUGUACCCAGGUGGAGUCUGGGUACUUCUUCAUGGCUCUGGAUCACCUGCUCUAUGAGGCUGAACUGGCCAAGAUGGGUCAGGGCUGUGCACUCGAGGUCAGGGAGCACCAGCAGGGACGACCCGCCUCUUGGACAGGUCUUGGGUUUGCACGUGUACCUGAGGGAGGAACGUUGGAGUUCCUCAUCACUAACAUCCCCUACUCCAUGGAAUAUGACCUUCUCAUCCGCUACGAGUCACAGAUGCCUCGGGACUGGGAAGAGGUUCGUAUCACAGUGGUCCGACCAGGGCCGAUUCCCACCAGUAGCCCCUGUGGAAACACCAUCCCUGAUGACGACAGACUCACCAUCGCCUUCCCAGCAGGAGCCAGGUUUGUGGUCCCACCUCAGCCUGUGUGUCUGGAGAGGGGUGUGACUUACACCCUGCGCUUCGACUUCAGGCGUUAUCAGGACGCCAACAGUAUCCUCAACGGAGCAGCAGUCCUCCUUGUGGACUCUAUUGCCUUGAUGCCACGCCAUUCUUCCAUGGAGAUGUUCAAUGCAGGGGAUGCAGCGUCCAACAUAAGGAAGCAGACGUAUGAACGUUACCGCUGCCACGAGGGGGCAAAAAGUGUGACCCGCCCACUGAUGAGUGACACGUGUGCCAAGCUCAUCACCAGUAUGUCGGCCAUCAUUAACGAUGGGGCUCUGGCUUGUAAUUGCGACCCCCAGGGCUCCGUCAGCUCAGUGUGUGACGUCCGUGGAGGUCAGUGUCACUGCAGGCCAAAUGUCAUUGGUCAGCGCUGUGACAAGUGUGCACCUGGAACUUAUGGCUUUGGACCAUCUGGCUGCAUAGCUUGUGGUUGUAGUCUUGAAGGCUCAGUGACUCGUCUUUGUGAUAAGUUCACGGGUCAGUGCCAGUGUCGUCCUGGUGCUUUUGGUCAGCGUUGUGAUGGAUGCCAGGCGGGUCACUGGGGUUUCCCAAGCUGCCGACCCUGCCAGUGUAACGGACACGCCGACGAGUGUGACCAGAGGACCGGAGCCUGCAUCCACUGCAGAGACAACACUGGAGGAGACAAGUGUGACAGAUGUGCCAAUGGUUACUAUGGUAACCCAAUUUUGGGUAUAGCAUCCGGUGCUCAGUGUCGCCCGUGCCCCUGCCCAGAUGGACCCAACAGCGGACGCCACUUUGCAGCAUCUUGUUACCAGGACAACCGUAACCGACAAAUCAUCUGCAACUGUAACCAGGGUUACACAGGGAUUGUUAAACGUUCCGGGGUGACCAUUUUUAAGCGUGCCCGAUGUGAGGAAUGUGCCCCUGGCUACUAUGGCAACCCGUCUCAGCCGGGGGGCCGCUGCCAGCCCUGCCAGUGCAACAACAACAUCGACAUGUCAGAUAUGGAUGCUUGUGACAGGCAGACAGGAGAGUGCAGGAAAUGCCUCUACAACACCGAGGGUCCCAACUGUGGCAUCUGCAGGAGCGGAUAUUACGGGGACGCUUCCCGACGCAACUGCCGGAAGUGCACAUGUAACUUCUUGGGCACCGAACGAAGCCAGUGUGUGGAGCGUGAAGACUGUGUGUGCCAGCGCUCCACAGGACAGUGCCAGUGUCUUCCAAAUGUCAUAGGUUUGACAUGUGACCACUGCGCCCCCAACCACUGGAACCUGGCCAGUGGGAUGGGCUGUGAACCCUGUGGGUGUGACCCCCACAACUCUGUCACCUCUUCAUGUAAUGAGUUUACUGGUCAGUGUCAAUGUCGUGACGGCUUCGGGGGGAAGACCUGCACGGACUGUCAAGAGAACUACUGGGGGGAUCCAAGGACUCAGUGUAGAGCCUGUGACUGUGACUGGCGUGGCAUCGAGACAUCUCAGUGCAACCGUGUGACUGGCCACUGUGUUUGCCAGCAGGGGGUGUCAGGUGUUCGCUGUGACCAGUGUGCCAGAGGCUUUUCUGGACAGUUCCCUAACUGUCAGCCCUGUCAUCAGUGCUUCGGGGACUGGGAUCGCAUCGUGCAGGACCUUGCAGUACGUACCAAGACUCUUGCAGCACGUGCCCAUGAGAUCCAGACCACUGGGCUUACUGGGCCCUAUGAGAAGGCCUUCAGAGACCUGGAGGAGAAACUAGCACAAGCACAGGGGAUCGUCAAUGCACGCAAUGCCACUGCAGCGGCCGUCUCUACUCUGAUGGAACUCAUAGAAGACCUCAGAACACAAAUCAGUGACAGCACUGAUACCCUCAACCGUCUGGAAGGAGAUCUAACUAUUGUCCAGGACAGCAACUCUGAGGCAAGCAAGGAGCUGAGCGCCCUGGAGAGGGAGGCCAGAGAACUCAACCUCACUUCAGAGCAGCUACACCGACAACUGGAUAUCCUCAAAAACUCCAACUUCCUAGGUGCCUACGACAGCAUCCGAAGCUCCUACAACAAGUCUCGUGAUGCAGAACGACGAGCCAAUGAAUCCACUACCACCAAGCCCAGCACCGUCAGCCAGUCCGCGGACACUCGGCGCCGCACUGAACGCCUCAUCGCCGCUAAGAAGGACGACUUCAACCGUAAAAAUGCUGCCAACAAGCGUGCCCUGGGAGAUCUCAAUGCCAGAACCCAGGUCCUGGAUAUAAAGAAGAUCAAUGAGAAGGUUUGCGGUGCCCCUGGUGAUGCCCCUUGUGAAGAAAGCCCUUGUGGGGGUGCAGGUUGCCGUGACGAUGAGGGUAACCGACACUGUGGAGGCCUAAAUUGUAACGGAGCUGUUGCGGUUGCUGACAAUGCGCUGGAGAGAGCCAAACACGCAGAGAAGGAGCUGAACAAAGCGAUGGGAGAGGUGGCAGGACUGUUUACUAAGGUGGCAGAGGCUAAGAACAAAGCAGAGGAAGCCAAAGGUAAAGCACAGGCAGCUCUGGACAAAGCCACAGCCACAAAGAAUAAAGUGGAGCGCUCCAACAAUGACCUGAGAGACCUCAUCAAACAGAUCCGAGACUUCCUCACUCAGGAGGGUGCAGACCCUGACAGCAUUGAGGCUGUUGCUAACCGGGUGUUGGAGUUGUCCAUCCCUGCUUCAAGCCUACAGAUCCAACACCUCGCUGAUGAAAUCAAGGAACGGGUUCGCAGCCUUUCCAAUGUGGACGCCAUUUUGGAACAGACGCAGGAUGAUGUCCGCAAGGCUGAGCAACUUCUGCUGGAUGCCAAGAGGGCAAGGCAUCGUGCUGAGGGCAUAAAGACCACAGCAGAGACCGUGAAGCAGGCCUUAGUGGAUGCUAAGACUGCCCAGACAACUGCAGAGAAGGCCAUAGCAAGAGCCAGAGCUGACAUUGGAGAGACUGAGGACCGACUGGCACAGAUUGAAUCAGAGACAACCAACAGUGAGAAGGACCUGAAUGAUGCCAUGGACCGCUUGGGUAUCCUGGGAAAUGAAAUCAACGCUCUGAAGACCAAACGUGCCAACAACAGCAUGGCAGCGGCCCGUGCCGAAGAGACAGCCACCAUGGCACGUGACAAGGCAAACGAAGCCAAGCAGAUUCUCGAAGGCCAGCUGACAGAUAAAUACCACGAGGUGCAGCAGCGAGUUGACACCAAGGCAAAGGCUGUGCAGGAUGCCAAGAAAAAGGCCGAAAGGCUCAGAGAUGAAGCCAAGGAACUUCUGAGAGAUGCUCAAAACAAGCUGCAGAGACUAGCAGAGUUGGAGAAGAGCUAUGAGGAAAAUCAGAAGAAAUUGGAGGGGAAGGCCCGUCAGCUGGAUGGCCUGGAAGACAAAAUGAAAGCUAUCCUCAAUGACAUCAACAAGCAGAUUCAGAUUUACAACACAUGCCAGUAACUCAAUACACCACACUGUAAGAAAAACAGGUCCAGUCUCAUUUCAUUCUGUCACAUGCCUGAUAAUAGACUUCAAAGAAAAAACUUUAAUGGAAGGACUGGGAGGAUCAUGUGAUUGCUCUGCAAAUGAUAUUGCAUAUGUUGUAAAAUGUGCAAUUUCGAUAAGUAUUUAUGUUUCACUUUUAAAUAUCCAAGCAUAUUCAUGACUGAAUGUGAUGAGGUUCGUUAUUAUUGCAUAGUGUAUUUUAUUUUAAUAUGUGCACUCUAUUUUUUUAUGUUUUAAUUAAUCAGUGAUUACAUUUGGACUUAUUGAUGAUUACAUUAAAGACAUGAUAAAGAAAUAUUUUACAAAAUUCAGUAACACAGGUGCACCAGUUGCAAUGCAAACAAUCUUGUCAAAUGUCUUGUAUUAUUUUGAGGGACUGUAAAUGGAAGCUGUGGACUUACUGCAUUUUGUUCACAAACUUCUGUUGAUGUUAUUACUGGAAGUGUAUUCUGAGCUGUGCUCACCUCUAGAGGACCUCAUUCACUGUAAACUGCAGAGGAUGGUGCACUUUACAGUCAGGCCAUGCAGGUUCUUUUUUUCAACAGAACAGACCACAAUGUUUGGGUUAAUAAGGGCAUUGGAUCUGUAAUUAUAUUUUUACAUGUAGUCAUGAUUUUUUUGUGCCCAAAACAAAGCUUUAAUAAUUGUAUUUGUGCCAAAAUGCAGGAAAUUCAAACUCUUAGUUUUAAGAGCAAAACAGCCCUUUUAAUCUCAAAUUUUUGGUUAAAAAUCCAACAUAGUAUGGUGCUGGAAAUCAGAAUUACCUGACUUUUCAAUUCUUAACUUUUUUUUUCAACAAAAUAUUCACACAAAAAUGAAGAUUGGCUGUAUUUUAAUAAAACACUAGUCUGCUGCUUUAUAUGCAGUAAAGCUGCAUCCCCUUAACCUGUAGUAAGGUGUCUGUACAGUACAUUAUACAGGACUAUGGUAGUGAAUGAAUCAGAAUUGGUCCAUUAGUCCAUUUAAUCCAGAUUAAAGUGUCAGAACAGCUGUAUGAAACUGAAGCAUCAUGGUGUACAGUAUGUACAAUACAGUGUUUAAAUGUGCCUUAUUUUACUGAAUGUCAGUAUCAUGUACAUUUACUCAUGUCCUUUUUGCAUGACAAUUUGUGUGACAAAUAAUGCCAGUUGUAGGUGUAACAAACCAAGAAAACUAACUUUGGACACAUACUAUUAACUACCAGUCACAUCAUUUUGAUAAGGAAUUGCCAAAGCAAAAAUACCCAAAGACUCUUGUGUAAAGUUGAACCCUGUAUAGAAUGUGAAUAAAGCUUCAUUA